ACUUAAUUCGAGAUUUUUCAGACGAGCCAAUUUCUGUAACGAAUGACCGCAAUACCCCCUUCCCUCGAAACUAGUGUGAACAUAUAUCAAACAACAAAAAUGAGAAAAAGAACCUUCUUAUAUAACGAGAAGAUCAAACGCAAUGGGAAGCAAGGUGUUUCUAAUUCUUAGUGAACUAUCUGAAACGUAGGGUUCAAGUUUACUUCGUUCAUGAAACAACACUGAAUAGAAAAGAUCAAAAGUGUCGCAAAAUGUGCUCAUGUCACCCUCAAAUGUGUUUGAUAUUGACCGUAAAUCUUCAAUUUUAACGUUUGAAAAACACCACUGAGUCAGAAAAUCUGGUUAGAAUUAGUGGACAUUUGGGUACUUAUAAAUGAAAUUUUGGAGAAAGCAUGUGCAGACCUCAAAUGCAGGAGACAAAAUUACAGGGUUUUCAUCAAACACGUAUGGAGAUAGCAACAUGUCACAGAAACUGCAAGCACCAUGCAUCAAUGAAUAUCGAGUAGUGAAGACCACAUGAAACAGGAGUUCUUUAGGCACCUCAUUAUGUGAACCACAUGAAGAAAAGUAGGAUGACGAUCCUAUCAAUAUGGGGAACACUUUAAUGGUGAUAUUUUCAACAAUUAUUUUUAGAGGAAGUCUGAUACUAAACGCGUGGUGAUGUGUCCUGACAAUUCGCCAGGAAAUGGAGUGCGCUGCGUCCAAGAUUUGCCAUGAUGAAUUUUACAUAAUGAAUGUGUAAAUGUUAAAAUAAAUGUGUAUGAUUGACACUUUUCCGGAAGUGCAGUUACCAUUGUUUAUGUUUCGAAAGUCAGACUGCUUGAUUGAAUUUUAAACAUUUCUACAUGAUACUGCAUAUUUGUAAAUAUUACUGAAAGACCUGUAGACAUAUUUAUUUCCGAGGAUAUUUCCAGUUGUUACGUAAAUUAUAGAACUGACAUCAGUGGUCUCCUUAGUUCGUCGUGGGGAGAAAAAUCCAUUUGAUACUGAGAAAAAUAAGAUAGUUUUGAUGAAGACAAUCAUAUUGGCCCCCGAAAACUCCACCAGGAUAUUUAAUUGGAUACCUGCUGAAGUCAAGGCUUUUUUGCCAAGAAAAAUAAGAGUUUAUUAAACGAGCUUCGGCACCGACGAUUUCCAAGGAUUGUCUGACGUUGGAACUGAUCACCGCAGAUGACCAUGCAAGUACAGGGACUGUUGAUACUAUUGUAUUUCUACCUCAUGUUUCCAGAUAAUAUCAUUGGCCUAUGGUGGGCGGUAGGAAGUCCUUUAGUAAUGGACCCAAACAGCAUAUGUCGUAAAAGUAGAAGAUUAGCAGGAAAACAGAGAGAAAUUUGUCGAAAAGAAAUUGAAAUCGUCGAGGAAGUAGCAAACGGGGCCAAGCUGGCACUGAACGAGUGCCAAUACCAGUUCCGAAACAGAAAGUGGAAUUGUACGACAUCCAGAAGAAUGCUUUCAAGAGUGCUGAAAACAGAUACCAGGGAAUCCGGGUUUGUUUAUGCAAUAACGGCAGCCGGAGUCACGUUUGCCGUAACAGAGGCCUGUAACAUGGGUAAACUCUUGCAGUGUUCUUGUGAUAAUAAAGUUCAAGACAUUACUACUGAUGGCGAAUGGGUUUGGGGCGGAUGCAAUGAUAAUAUAAUCUUUGGCUACCGUAAAUCUAAAGACUUCAUGGACGCUCGCAAGCGAAAACGACGAGGGGACUUGACGACCAGAAUACAAUUGCACAACAAUGAAGCCGGACGAUUGGCUGUUAAACACUAUAUGAGAGACGUAUGUAAAUGUCAUGGAUUAUCGGGUUCGUGUGCACUUAAGACCUGUUGGAGGAAAAUGCCACCGUUUCGAAGUGUCGGACUAAGAAUUAAAGAAAAAUUUGAUGGCGCGAUUCAAGUUGAAAUCUCUAACGAUGGCAAAGCCCUGGAAACAAAAUCUAAAACAAUUAAACCUCCUUCUGAAGAAGACAUUGUUUAUUCGGAAAAUGCUCUAGAUACUCGAUUUUGUCGAAGAAACCGAAAAUGGGGUUCAUUAGGAACGAAAGGAAGGAUCUGCAACCCUAAGUCGAUGGAAGUAGAAGGCUGUGACUUGCUUUGUUGUUCUCGCGGCUACAAGUCAGAGAAAGUGACACUGAAAGAAAACUGCAAAUGUAGAUUUAUCUGGUGUUGUGAUGUACAAUGUGAAACAUGCGUACAACAAAAGACUAUACACAGAUGUUUAUAGCUCUCCUUCGCUUGGAGGCACAUCUAGUAUAUUUCUUUGAGUGACCAUCCACAUACAAAGAUACAAGUUUGGGGACCUAAAGAAAUUACUUUUCAAUACGCUUCGGACGGGAGUGUUUUCGUAAGUAUGGACCGUUGUUAAAUGGUUCUGAAAAUGUGCAAAGUGAAUUGCAGUAUUGGAAUUUUCAAAGUAAAACGGGAGAUAACUUCUACCCUGUCCAGUGGCUGCCUAUAUUCACUCCAUGACCGUUCAGUAUUUUAUAAUAAAUCUAAGCAAUUCCCUCGAUUGGAAAUACGUUGAUUGUUCUCUAUGUGUAAAUAUAAAUGUCGUAGAAUAGAAAAUAAUUAAAAGCUUCGAUCAUACAUAUAUUUUAAAUGGGACAGUUGCUGUAUUUCUUAGGAUUAUUGUACGAAAAUGUAAAUAUAUUUAUUAAAUAUUUUAUUUUCAUAUCAUAUAUUUAUAUAUUGUUCUCAUUAAUAUUAUGGGAAUACCUAGGGGAAAGAAUAUUAUCAAAGUGUUCUUUUUCAUUGUCAUUGGUUUAGUCAAUUGUUGAAGCUUUGUAUUUUCAUAUGUAAGAUGAGGAUAACUCUUCUAGUAUAGGUAAGCCCCAUCUCUCUUUCAUGUAUUGUUGUGUUAUGAAAUCUCGGAUAUAGUUGAUAUUCACACAUUGUUUUACGAAUGAAAUUUGGUAACAUGCAACACCAAACUUUUAUUUUGAAAUAAAGUUUUCGGGAAGUCAGUAUGAAAGAGAGACACAUAUGACUUAAGGAAAGCUUUGAAAAUCUACCUUGCAAAUAAUGUUAGUGCCUUAGGUCUAACUCAAAGUGAAAGUUAGGGCAUUAUGAUAUACUGUCAAACAGUAGUUAAUUUACAUUUGUAUGCUGUAACAUACUAUAAACAUUUGUAUCCUUUAAAUGUAUAUACUGUAAACAUGGUUAUUUCUUUGGGUGUUGAAUUUUACGAUUUUAGUAUGAAAAUCAUGUCGCAUAGGAGUUGCCUUUCAAAGAUUGGUUUACAAAGCACGCUUUUCUCAAGACUCCUUUGAUUUAUAUUGAGAUAUACACAUAAUGGAAAUAUCCUUUGAGAAAAUGGCUUGUUUACAGUGUACGUUGAAUUCAUAUUUCAUAUGAUUUAAUCGAAGAGCAAAUAGACACUGCUUUCCUAGAUACUACCAUAGCAAGUCAACAAAUGUACUUGGGAGUAACUUUACAUGUCAUUGCUACACAAAUCCAGAAUGAUAAGCAUUUUUCUUUGUUAAUGAUGUAUCCCCAGGCGUAUCAGACACUCGGAUGUACAUGUAUACAUGUGUAUCACAAUCGAUACGGAAGAUACAUUUCAUGGAUUUAUUCUCUUCAAAGAAAUUUUACCAUAUCAAUAACAAAUGACAGUUUUAUAUCUUAGCAGAUUUCCAAGUAUUUUAGAUAUCUUAUGUAAAUCUAUUUUUCUCUCACUUUUAUUUCAUAUUGAAGAACUUUGGGUACCAUUGAUGCUUUUGAAGAUUAGUUUCCGGACAUAAAAUGUCAGUUAUGUUACUGAUUAUUCAUAUCAAAUAUAAUUAAGUUGCUAAAUAUUGAAUUACUUGUUCUUGUUUCGUAUGUAUCAUAUGUAUAGUUUAUAGUGAUACUUAUCAAAUUGUUUCUACAAUAAAACGUGCGUUAAACGCAAAAACUGACAAA